GCGCCGCGCUGCGCCGCGCUGCGCUCCAGCCCCGACCGGGCCGGGGCCGCUGGAUGCCGCGUCUCGGCGUCUGCUGCCUGGCCGGCGGGCUCCGGCGGCUGCAGCCAGGUGGGAUACAAAAGCCCCAAACUGAGCACUGAUAAUCCUCCAGGGGUGCCACCCCUAAAAGAAGCCGACGUUUCACCAUGUUUAACCUCAUGAAGAAGGACAAAGAUGGAGGGCGGAAGGAGAAGAAGGAGAAGAAGGAGAAAAAGGAGCGGAUGUCAGCUGCAGAGCUGCGGAGCCUGGAGGAGAUGAGCUUGAGGAGAGGCUUCUUCAACCUCAACCGCUCCUCCAAGCGGGAGUCGAAGACGCGCCUGGAAAUCUCCAACCCCAUCCCCAUCAAGGUGGCCAGCGGCUCUGACCUGCACCUGACGGACAUCGACUCGGACAGCAACAGGGGCAGCAUCAUCCUGGACUCGGGCCAUCUCAGCACAGCCAGCUCCAGCGAUGACCUCAAGGGCGAGGAGGGCAGUUUCCGGGGUUCUGUGCUGCAGCGGGCUGCCAAGUUCGGUUCCUUGGCCAAGCAGAACUCCCAGAUGAUUGUCAAACGCCUCUCUUUCUCCCAGUGGAGCCGGGAUGAGAGCGCCUCCGAGACCUCCACGCCCUCGGAGCACUCGGCAGCCCCGUCCCCGCAGGUGGAGGCCAGGACACUGGAGGGACAACUGAUGCAGCACCAUGUAGCAGGCAUUCCUCGAUCUGGGCCCCGCUCCCGAGUCCCCGAGCUGGUGACUAAAAAGUUCCCAGCUGACCUGCGCUUACCUGGCGUGGUGCCCCCGCCACCCCCUGCCCUCCGGGAGCUGGAGCUGCAACGAAGGCCCACCGGGGAUUUUGGCUUCUCCCUGAGGCGCACCACCAUGCUGGACCGGAGCCCCGAGGGUCAGGUCUAUAGGAGGGUGGUUCACUUUGCCGAGCCCGGAGCCGGUACCAAGGACCUGGCCCUGGGGCUGGUGCCAGGUGAUCGGCUGGUGGAGAUUAACGGGCACAACGUGGAGAGUAAGUCCCGAGAUGAGAUUGUGGAGAUGAUCCGGCAGUCUGGGGACAGCGUGCGGCUCAAGGUACAGCCCAUCCCAGAGCUCAGUGAGCUGAGCAGGAGCUGGCUUCGGAGCUGCGAGGGCCCCCGCAGGGAGCCAGCUGAGCUGGACCCUGAGGCCACCUCUCCUGUCCACAGCCAGGUAGGGUCUGCCUGUCCCCCUCAAGAGCCCUCUGCUUCCUCCGAUGACCAUAUGCCUCCCCUGACCUGUACCUGGGCUGGUGUCUGUGCUCGGCCUCAUGCUGGAGUGGUCUCACUGUCUCUUUUCCCUGUCCCUGGCUACGGUGAAAAACGGAAGAGCAGAUCGCCGGCAGAUGAGGCCUGGCAUGAGGCUGAGAAGGUUUGGCUGAUCCAUAAGGAUGGCUUCUCUCUGGCCUGCCAGCUCAAAUCCGAGCAGCUCAGCCUGCCUGAGGGGAAGGUGCGCGUGAAGCUGGACCAUGAUGGCGCCAUCUUGGAUGUGGAUGAAGAUUGAUGUGGAGAAGGCAAAUGCCCCAAUCAUGUUGAUCGCCUGGAAGACCUGGCCUCGCUGGUCUACCUCAAUGAGUCCAGUGUCCUGCACACACUGCGCCAGCGCUGUGGAGCUGGCCUGCUGCACACCUACGCUGGCCCCAGCCUGCUGGUGCUCAGCCCCCGGGGCGCCCCUGCUAUGUACUCUGAAAAGGUGAUGCACAUGUUCAAGGGGUGUCGGCGGGAGGACAUGGCCCCCCACAUCUAUGCUGUGGCCCAGACCGCCUACCGGACCAUGUUGAUGAGCCGCCAGACCCAAUCCAUCGUCCUCCUGGUGGGAGUGGUAGCGGCAAAGACUACCAGCUGCCAACAUCUGGUGCAGUACCUGGCAACCAUCGCCGGUGCCAACAAAGUGUUUUCUGUGGAGAAGUGGCAGGCUCUGUCCACGAUCUUGGAAGCCUUCGGGAACAGCCCCAGCGCCAUGAACAGCAGCACCCGCUUCUCCCACAUCCUCUCCCUGGACCUUUGACCAAGCGGGCCAGGUUGGCCUCGGCCUUCCAUUCAGUCAAUGCUUCUGGAGAAGCUAGCGUGUAGUUCGCGUCCAGCUGGUGAGGCCACGUUUCAAUGUCUUCUACUACCCUGCUUCGCCUGUGGGGAUGCUGCCCUCAGGACAGAGCUCCACCUGAACCACCUGGCCGAGAACAAUGUAUUCGGAAUUGUACCCCUGGCCAAGCCCGAGGAGAAGCAAAAGGCGGCACAGCAGUUCAGUAAGCUGCAGGCAGCCAUGAAGGUGCUGGGCAUCACCCCGAGGAAACAGAAAGCCUGCUGGCUCCUCCUGGCAGCUAUCUACCACCUAGGGGCUGCAGGGCGCCACCAAAGGUAACUCUGCUGUGCUCCCCAACAGCCUGCUUCUGGGCGCAAGCAGUUUGCUCGCCACGAGUGGGCCCAGAAGGCUGCGUACCUGUUGGGCUGCAGCCUGGAAGAGCUCUCCUCGGCUAUCUUCAAGCACCAGCUCAAGGGUGGCACCCUGCAGCGCUCCACCUCCUUCCGCCAGGGCCCCGAGGAGAGCGGCCUGGGAGAUGGCACAGGAGACAGAGCUGAUUUCGCCCAACAGGCCCCAAGUCUGAGCGCACUCGAAUGCUUAGAGGGCAUGGCGUCUGGUCUCUACAGCGAGCUCUUCAUCCUCCUCAUCUCCUUGAUCAAUAGGGCUCUCAAGUCCAGCCAGCAUUCACUCUGCUCCAUGAUGAUUGUGGACACUCCGGGCUUCCAAAACCCUGAGCACGGUGGGUCGAUCCGAGGGGCCUCCUUUGAGGAGCUGUGCCACAACUACACUCAAACCGGCUGCAAGAGGCUUUUCCAUGAACGCACUUUUGUGCAGGAGCUGGAAAGAUACAGGAGGGAGAACAUCGAACUGGCAUUUGACGACUUGGAGCCCGCCACUGACAGCUCUGUAGCUGUGAUGGACCAAGCUUCCCAUCAAUCUCUGGUUCGCUCACUGGCUCGAACCGAGGAGGCCAGGGGCCUGCUGUGGCUGCUGGAAGAAGAGGCGCUGGUGCGUGGGGCCACUGAGGACUCACUCCUCGAGCGCCUUUUCUCCUAUUACGGCCCCCAGGAAGGUGACAAAAAAGGCCAGAGCCCCCUCCUACGAAGCAAUAAACCACACCAUUUCCUCCUGGGCCACAGCCACUGCACCAACUGGGUGGAAUACAAUGUGUCUGGCUGGCUGAGCUACGCCAAGCAGAACCCGGCCGCCCAGAAUGCCCCCCGGCUCCUGCAAGACUCCCAGAAAAAGAUCAUCAGUAACCUGUUUCUGGGCCGGGCAGGCAGCGCUACUGUGCUAUCAGGCUCCAUCGCGGGCCUGGAGGGCGGCUCACAGCUGGCGCUGCGGCGGGCCACCAGCAUGCGCAAGACCUUCACCACAGGCAUGGCAGCGGUCAAGAAGAAGUCCCUGUGCAUCCAGAUUAAGCUGCAAGUGGACGCCCUCAUUGACACCAUCAAGAAGUCGAAGCUGCAUUUUGUACACUGCUUCCUGCCCAUGGCUGACGGCCGGACUGGGGAGCCUCGCUCCGCCUCCUCCCGCCGUGUCAGCAGUAGCAGUAGCAGCGAACUGGAGCUGCCCCCGGGAGACCCUUGUGAGCCUGGCCUCCUGCAGUUGGACGUGCCCCUGCUCCGGGCCCAGCUCCGGGGCUCCCGCCUGCUGGAUGCCAUGCGCAUGUACCGCCAAGGUUACCCUGACCACAUGGUAUUUUCCGAGUUCCGCCGGCGGUUCGAUGUCCUGGCCCCACACUUGACCAAGAAACAUGGACGCAACUACAUCGUGGUGGACGAAAGGCGGGCGGUGGAGGAGCUGCUGGAGUCCCUCGACCUGGAGAAGAGCAGUUGCUGCAUGGGCCUAAGCCGGGUGUUUUUCCGCGCGGGCACACUGGUGCGCCUGGAAGAACAGCGGGACGAGCAGACCAGAAGGAACCUCACCCUGUUCCAGGCUGCCUGCAGGGGCUACCUGGCCCGACAGCACUUCAAGAAGAGAAAGAUCCAGGAUCUAGCCAUCCGCUGUGUGCAGAAGAAUAUCAAGAAGAAUAAAGGUGUCAAGGACUGGCCCUGGUGGAAGCUCUUCACCACUGUGCGGCCCCUCAUUGAGGUUCAGUUGUCCGAGGAGCAGAUCCGGAACAAAGACGAGGAGAUCCAGCAGCUGAAGAACAAGCUUGAGAAGGUCGAGAAGGAACGAAACGAGCUUCGGCUCAACAGUGACCGGCUGGAAACCCGGAUCUCAGAGCUGACAUCGGAGCUGACAGAUGAACGUAACACGGGAGAGUCCGCCUCGCAGCUGCUGGACGCCGAGACCGCCGAGCGGAUCCGAGCUGAGAAGGAGAUGAAGGAGCUGCAGACCCAAUAUGAUGCACUGAAAAAGCAGAUGGAGGUGAUGGAGAUGGAGGUGAUGGAGGCGCGUCUCAUCCGGGCAGCUGAGAUCAAUGGGGAAGUGGAUGAUGACGACACAGGGGGCGAGUGGCGGCUGAAGUAUGAGCGAGCAGUGCGGGAAGUGGACUUCACCAAGAAGCGGCUCCAGCAGGAGUUUGAGGACAAGCUGGAGGUGGAGCAGCAGAGCAAGAGGCAGUUGGAAAGGCGGCUUGGGGACCUGCAGGCAGACAGUGAGGAGAGCCAGCGGGCACUGCAGCAGCUCAAGAAGAAAUGCCAGCGGCUGACGGCUGAGCUGCAGGACACCAAGCUGCACCUGGAGGGCCAGCAGGUCCGCAACCAUGAGCUGGAGAAGAAGCAGAGGAGGUUCGACAGUGAGCUCUCACAGGCACAUGAGGAGACUCAGCGAGAAAAGCUGCAGCGAGAGAAGCUGCAGCGGGAAAAGGACAUGCUCCUGGCCGAGGCUUUCAGCCUGAAGCAGCAGCUGGAGGAAAAAGACAUGGACCUGGCAGGAUUCACCCAGAAGGUUGUCUCCUUGGAGGCUGAGCUCCAGGACAUUUCUUCUCAAGAGUCCAAGGAUGAGGCAUCUCUGGCCAAGGUCAAGAAGCAGCUCCGUGACCUGGAAGCCAAGGUGAAGGACCAAGAAGAGGAGCUGGAUGAGCAGGCAGGGACCAUCCAGAUGCUGGAACAGGCCAAGCUGCGACUGGAGAUGGAGAUGGAACGAAUGAGACAGACACAUUCCAAGGAGAUGGAGAGCAGGGAUGAGGAGGUGGAGGAGGCCCGGCAGUCUUGUCAGAAGAAGUUGAAGCAGAUGGAAGUGCAGCUGGAGGAAGAGUAUGAGGAGAAGCAAAAGGUGCUGCGGGAGAAGCGGGAGCUGGAGAGCAAACUCGGCCUGCUCAGCGACCAGGUGAACCAGAGAGACUUUGAGUCAGAGAAGCGGCUCCGAAAGGACCUAAAGCGCACCAAGGCCCUGCUGGCCGACGCCCAGAUCAUGCUGGACCACCUGAAGAACAAUGCGCCCAGCAAGCGGGAGAUCGCUCAGCUCAAGAACCAGCUGGAGGAGUCAGAGUUCACUUGUGCAGCGGCCGUGAAAGCUCGGAAGGCCAUGGAGGUGGAGAUUGAAGACCUGCACCUGCAGAUUGACGACAUCGCCAAAGCCAAGACAGCGCUGGAGGAGCAGACGAGCCGCCUUCAGCGUGAGAAGAACGAGAUCCAGAACCGAUUGGAAGAGGAUCAAGAGGACAUGAAUGAGCUGAUGAAGAAACACAAAGCGGCCGUGGCUCAGGCCUCCCGGGACAUGGCUCAGAUGAACGAUCUCCAGGCACAGUUAGAAGAAGCUAACAAAGAGAAGCAAGAGCUACAGGAGAAGCUACAAGCCCUGCAGAGUCAGGUUGAGUUCCUGGAACAGUCCAUGGUGGACAAGUCCCUGGUGAGCCGGCAGGAAGCUAAGAUUCGCGAGCUGGAGACGCGCCUGGAGUUUGAAAGGACCCAAGUGAAGAGACUGGAGGGCCUGGCCAGUCGACUCAAGGAAAACAUGGAGAAGCUGACCGAGGAGCGGGACCAGCGCACUGCUGCUGAGAACCGAGAGAAGGAACAAAACAAACGGCUCCAGAGGCAGCUCCGGGACACCAAGGAAGAGAUGGGCGAGCUGGCCAGAAAAGAGACCGAGGCUAGCCGCAAGAAGCAUGAGCUGGAGAUGGAUCUGGAAAGUCUGGAGGCUGCUAACCAGAGCCUGCAGGCCGAUCUCAAGCUGGCGUUCAAGCGCAUUGGGGACCUGCAGGCCGCCAUCGAGGAUGAGAUGGAGAGUGAUGAGAAUGAGGACCUCAUUAACAGUUUGCAGGACAUGGUGACAAAAUAUCAGAAAAGAAAGAAUAAACCCGAGGGUGACUCAGAUGUGGACUUGGAGCUAGAAGACCGGGUUGAUGGGGUCAAGUCGUGGCUGUCGAAAAACAAGGGAUCUUCCAAAGCUGCUUCUGAUGAUGGCAGCCUGAAGAGUUCCAGCCCCACCAGCAACUGGAAGUCCCCUGCUCCUGACCGGUCCGACGACGAGCAUGACCCUCUGGAUGGCACCUCCAGGUCCCGCUACACCCACAACUAUCUGAGUGACAGCGACACAGAGGCAAAACCCACAGAGACCCACGCAUAGCCCAGGGGCAAGAUCCACACUCAUCUAGCCCUCGGCAACUGUGCCACCUGCCUCUCCCAACAAUGGGGUGCAGAGGUUGACUGCUGAGUUGCCUGGGAGACACUGACCCUCUUCCAGGUGUCUGAUAUCUCCACAUGGAGGCAGUGAGGGUGGUGGAGAGGACAAGAGGAGUUUCUUGAAAGAACUUUUGCUCCUUUUGCCUCUGGAUUACCACUCGCAGCUUUUCCCUUGGGCCACUGAGGCCAGCAGUGGGUGGUGUGGCCCUGCACGGAGCCAGUAAGUUGACCUCAUCUCAGCCCCCUGCUCAGGGACCGAGGACUGGUUGCCUACUGGGACAUUCUAGGUUGCUGGGUCCAUAUGGGGGGAAUGUGGGCACCACAGUCCCCCGGCUGACUUGGGGCAAAGGCUUUCUCUUCUCAGUGCCUGCUGUCUUUUUACUUUUUAACUUAAAUAUCCAACCUCUCCAUCGCAGCUGCAUGGGGUGGUGGGGCUGGGAGGGACACGGGGCAACCUCAUCUCUAGCUCCAUGCUUCAGAGAAUGGGAUCCU